CUAUCUGGACCAGUCCGCGUGGACAAAAUACCUGCACGGCAAGGUUACGUCCUCGCGCUUGCGAAGCCGCACAUGAGUUGCAUCAUCCCGCUUCUGCCAUCACCAAUUCGCGCUGGCCUGAAGACCGCCAGUUGCCAUUGAAUACCACCACGGAACGCGCAACACUGAAGGAGUACAAUCGCGCCCAGAAUUCGAAGAUCCAGCCGCGACGAUCAUUUAUCCGCUCUUCAACCACUUAUCGGUACCUGCUGCGCCGUGCGCGCAUCGCCCCAAGUCUGACAGACAUCCCACUUUCGCGUAGAUCGACCUCGCUUCCGGAGUCGCAAAAUGUCGGGGGUCGUACGGAGUAUCAAGAAUGUCACAAAGGGCUACUCCAGCGUGCAGGUGAAGGUGCGAAAUGCGACGAGCAACGAAGCAUGGGGGCCUUCUGGGUCGGAUAUGUCGGAGAUCGCUAGGAUAACGUACAACAGCUCGCAGGAUUUCUACGAUGUUAUGGACAUGCUCGACAAACGUCUCAACGACAAAGGCAAGAAUUGGCGACAUGUGCUCAAGAGUCUGAAGGUCCUUGAUUAUUGUCUACACGAGGGAUCUGAAUUGGUGGUGACCUGGGCGCGGAAAAACAUCUAUAUCAUCAAGACUCUGCGGGAAUUCAUACAUCUGGACGACGAGGGCCGAGAUGUCGGAGCAGCUAUCAGGAGUUCUGCAAAGGAGCUUACUUCGCUGAUUCUCGAUGAAGAGCGCUUGCGUGCCGAGCGCCAAAACCGAGGACAAUGGAAAUCCCGGGUCAUUGGACUCAACACUGAAAACGAACUCGAUAACGGUGCCCCUGCCGAAAAUCCUCGACGUAAGGAGAGGCGCCAACCUGCUGAGGGUGACGAGAAUGAUUUGGAGUACCGACUCGCUCUCGAGGCGUCGAAAAACGAAGCAGAAGCAGAGGCUGCGCGCCGGGCCAAGAGCUCGCACGGGCAGGAGACCGACGAAGAUUUGGCAAAGGCCAUCAAGCUCAGCAAAGAAGAGGAGGAGCUCCGCAAGCGUCAGCUGCAGGAUCAGCAGGGAGAUUUAUUGUUUGAUGACUCGCCGGCGCAGGCUGCACAGCCGACCGGCUUCAACCAAGGCUAUCAGCAGCAGGCAGCGGUGGAUUGGUAUGGUAACCCGGUUCAACAGCAGCAACCUCAGCCUACCGGCUAUUUGAACAACGCAUACAGCCAGCCGACGGGCAUGCAGCCCCAGCAAACUGGCUACCAAGACGCGUAUGGCAAUGUUGGUCUCGGACAAGCACAACCUACAGGGAUCUACGGCCAACAGCAACAAUUCCUUCAGCCGCAAGCCACCCACAACCCAUGGGCUCAGCAAAUGACCGGGUAUGGUCAGGUCGGACAGCAGCAGCAACCGCAGCCGCUUCAGGAGCAGCUCACCGCUCAGCCUGGAUCUAACAAUCCGUGGGCGUCGAACAACAACGGUGGCCAGGCAUUGCAAGCGCAGCCGACCGGUUCAAACAAUCCAUUCGCAGCGCGGCCGGCACAGCAGCAGAGUUCUCCAUUCAAGGCGCCAACAUUGUCGACGCUCCAGGAACAGCAGACCGCACAACAGUACAACAACCGUUCCAACCCGAUCCAGAACUUCCAAGUGCCGGUCCAACAACAACAACAGCAGCAGCAGCCGCUACAGGCCCAGCAAACACAAGUCAAAGCGGAAGACCCAUAUGCCGCGCGCCUCAACAACCUGCUCGCCACAGGAGAGGGUCAAGACACGUUCGGAAACACGGGCGACCUACGCAUCCCGUCACAGCACACGGCGCCCGGGACCUUCGUCAACUCCGCAGGCGCGGGAUCGAUGGGUCGCCUUGAGGCUCUCCGAACAGGCAGCAACCCAUUCUACGUACAGGCGCCACAGCAGUACCCGGCGCAGACCGGCCCCGCCACGGGACUUGGCGGCAAUAACCCUUUCGGAUCGAGGCCGCCACAGCAGCAGCAGGGCGCCGCGGGAAACAGCUUGAUCGAUCUGUGAAAGGAGAGGAGGAACGGUCGAUCUGAUUUUCCCUUUGGGUCGCCCACGUGGAGCGCUGCAGGGCGGUUGUUUUCCAUGCAUGCCGGUCGAGAACUCUGACGUGACCGUUGCCCUGCAACACGUGCUCGGCGUGAGAUUGGUGGGAGCAUCUUCCUGCGUUCGAUGUGCAAGAAAAGCCGGUUCGGUCUCCAUCGAUGCAGUAUUGCCCUUUUUACUCGUUGCAUUGGACAUGGCUAUUCCCUAUUUUUUUUUUCUUCGUUCGCUACAUUGUUUCGUGACGUAGGCCGAUGAUAUCCGAUCGCUCAUUUAUCAGCAAGGGUUCUCCUUUUCUUCUUUGAAUUAGAGUGCAGGUGGUUUAGAAAAGUAGGUGAUAAAAAUCCAGCAAGUGUUUCUCCGCAUAC